GGCAUGGCUGAGCCGACUCCUGCCGGGUGGCCUUCAGCCCCGGAACUGACUCCCGCGCCCGGGACUCCGAGCGAAGCGGCGCCGCCUCAGGACAACUGGGUGUACUGGGCCAUGCUGCCGCCGCCACCACCUCCUCUGUCGUCCCCGGUGGCGGGGACGGAGCCGUGUCAGAAGGAACAGCCCCACGUGGAGCCCCAGCCUACCUCCGGAGCGUUUCCCCCGUUCGAUGCUCAGAUUCUUCCCGCGGCGCAGCCUCCUUUUGAUGCCCAGGCCCCUCCAGAUGGUCAAUCUCAGUUCAACGACCAGCAGGCCUGGAAUUUCCAAGCCUCGACGCCUUGGUACUGGGGAUUGUCUCCUAAUGGUUUCCCCACAUAUAACACGUCCUUCCACUCUCCGGCUACACAUUCUUAUUUUCCACAAUCAUAUGCAAAUUACAAUGACUUCAAUUUGCCUCAAAACAGAAAACAGAAAAAGAAGAAAAGAAAGGAACCGGUUUUCCACUUUUUCUGUGAUACCUGUGAUCGAGGCUUUAAAAAUCAAGAAAAGUACGAUAUACACAUGUCUGAACAUAAAAAAUGCCCUGAAGUAGAUUGCUCUUUCAGUGCACAUGAGAAGAUUGUCCAGUUUCACUGGAGAAAUAUGCACGCUCCUGGUAUGAAGAAGAUCAAGCUAGAUACUCCAGAGGAUAUUGCAAGAUGGAGGGAAGAAAGACGAAAAAACUACCCAACUCUGGCCAAUAUUGAAAGGAAGAAGCUGUUACAGCUGGAAAAGGAAAAGAGAGGAGAAGUGUUGACAACCACACAGUACGGCAAAAUGAAGGGCAUGUCCAGACAUUCACAGAUGGCAAAGAUCAGGAGUCCUGGUAAACAUUAUAAAUGGAAAAGCGGUGGGGCUAGACAGAGAGCAGUCCUUGGACUAGGCAAUCGUGCCAGAGAUUUGAAGCCUGAAAUUCCGACCAAGGUUAAUGUAGACCCUCUUGGUGUAUUGAUCCACAGCGACUCUGAGUCUGAUAAGGAUGAGAAAUCACAAAGGGCUAUAGUGCCCAAGGAAGUGACACCAGCCUUGUGCUCACUGAUGAGCAGCUACGGCAAUGUCUCCGGGUCAGAGAGUGAACCAGAAGAAGCUCCCAUCAAGACGGAAGCAGAAGUUCUGGCAGAAAACCGUGUUCUUCCUAGCAGUCCUCCCAAGAGUCCAAGACACAAUGUUCGAACAACCGCUAGAACUGUCUUACGAGCCAAGUGGAAGGCCCAGAGGAGUGGGCUCCGAAAGAUAACCCUUAAGCAGAAAAAGAGCCCCUGCCACCCAUUAUUUGAACCAAGAACACGUCACCCACAUCUCCUGGAGAUGCUUCUAGCUCCAGAUAUUCGACAUGAGAGAAAUGUGAUUCUGCAGUGUGUUCGAUAUAUCAUCAAAAAAGACUUUUUUGGACUUACUGCUGGUUCUGUGAAAACUGAAGAUGUGUAGAUGUCUCGUGUCUCCACACAUUUAUGUAAAGUAUGUGAGAGAGCUUGGAGAGAAAGCCAGCAACGUCUGAAGACAGACAGGGUCAGUUACUUAACUGUGAACCUCCUGCAUGUUAUGUCGGAUUUUACGUCUGUCCUUUGGCUUUAUGAAAAUAAAUGCAUAGCUGGUCUUU